AUGGGUAAUGAUAAUAGUACAAAUGCAGCAUCGAAAUCAGUUCGAUUAUCGAAUUUAACAGCGGUUACAACAUCCGAUUCACCUUCUAUAGAAAAUAAAGAGGAUGUAACAUUAAUUUGGCUUGAUAAAACCAUCGAUACUUUACGAACAACUUUACGUGAAGUGACUAAUUACGUUCUUCUUUAUACAGAAAUUGAACCAUGUGUAACGUAUAUUCGAUCAAUUAAUACUGAACGAAUAUUUUUAAUAAUAUCUGGUGUUUAUGCUGAACAAUGUCUAGAUGAAAUUCAUGAUUUAACACAAAUUGAUUCAAUAUUUAUAUUUUGUAAGAAUUUAGAUAAAUAUAAAAGUGAAUUUGUUGAUACGAAGAAAUAUUCUAAAUUAAUUAAUGUAUUUAAUACUGAAGAUGAAUUAAUAAAAUCUGUACGUGAAGAAUUAAAUGAUUUACAUAAUCAAUUAGCAACAUUUAGUUUAUAUAAAAAUGAGAAGACGACAAGAGAUUUAUCAAAUGAAUCAGCUUCUUUUCUAUGGUUUCAAUUAUUUAAAGAUAUUCUUCUUCAAAUGUCACAUUCUGAACAAGCAAAAAAAGAAAUGAUUGAUCAAUGUAAACAUUUUUAUCGUGGUAAUAUUGAAGAACUUCGAUUAAUUAAAGAAUUUGAUGAAACAUAUACAAGUUCUGAUACAAUUUAUUGGUAUACAAAACAAUGUUUUAUUUAUCGCCUAUGUAAUAAAGCAUUACGAACAGAAGAUAUUGAAUUGUUAUAUAUAUUUCGUUAUUAUAUACAUGAUUUAUGUAAACGUUUAGCUAUUGAAUAUGAUUUAUUUAAAAAACAACAUGAAAAUAAUCCAAUUAUAACACUUUAUCGUGGUUUAAAAUUAACUAAUGAUGAAAUAAAUCGUUUUAAAUCAAAUAUUAGUUCAUUAAUAUCAACAAAUGGAUUUUUAUCAACAAGUCAAAAUUAUGAUUUAGCUAUUGAAUUUGCUUUAAAAAAAUCGAAACGUUCUGCUGAUAUUGUACCAGCAUUGUUUAUUAUUGAAGCUGAUACACGUAUUGAUCAUGCUAUUUUUGCUGAUAUAUCUUCGUUAAGUGUUUAUCCUGAAGAACAAGAAAUUUUAUUUGAUAUAGGUUGUGCAUUUAAAAUCAAUGAAGUUUAUUUUGAUGAUGAAAAAAAUAUUUGGAUUAUAAAAAUGAAUCUGACUAAUGAAGGUAGACAAAUUAUUGAAACAUAUAUUAAAGAAAAUAGACGUGAAAUGGAAAAAGGUAAUAUUGUUCUUAUAUUUGGUUUAUUAUUAACUGAAAUGGGUCAAUAUAAACAAGCAGAAAUUUAUUUUGAAAAUUUACUAACAUCGAAUACAAUUGAUGAUAAAAUUUCAAUUUAUACAAAUAUUGGUCGUAUAAAAUAUUUCAAAGGUCUUUUUGAAGAAGCAUUAAAAGAUUUUAAAAUUGUUUAUGAUUUACAACGUCAACAAACAUCGAAAAAUGAAAUUGAUUUAGCUCGAACAAUGAAUAAUCUUGGUUUAGUUUAUAUGGAACAAAAAAAAUAUGAUUUAGCAUUUGAUUAUUUAUUUGAAGUUAGAAAAAUUUAUAAAAAAUAUUCUGAUAUUGAUAAAUCACUUGUGGCUAAUACUGAUAAUGUUAUUGGUGUUAUUUAUACUCAUAAGUGUGAUUAUGAAAAUGCAUUGAAAUAUUUAUUACGUGCUAUGAAAUAUUAUGAAGAAUAUUUACCAACAAUUGAUCAUCCAUUAAUGGCAACAAAUUAUAAUAAUACUGGUUUAGUUUAUUAUUAUAUUAGAGAAUAUAAACAAUCAUUAGAUUAUUGUUUAAAAGCAUUUAAUAUACGUGAAAAAAUUUUACCAACAAAUCAUCCAAAUUUUGGAGAUAGUUGUAAUAAUCUUGGACUUAUCUAUCAAAAAUUACAUGAAUAUAAACAAGCAUAUGAUUUCUUUCAACGUUCAUUAUCUAUCUAUGAGAAUAAUCCAGAUAAACAAACAAAAGUACCUGCAUGUUAUAAUAAUAUUGGAUUCUUAUAUAUUGAUGAAAAGAAUCAUGAUCAAGCUAUUGAAUAUCAUUUAAAAGCAUUGAAUUAUUAUAAUAAUAAUGAAUCAUCCAAAUAUCAAAAUGAAAUUAAUCACACGCUAGAUAAUUUAGGUACUGCAUAUGAUUUAAAAAAUGAUACUAAACAAGCAUUAAAUUAUUAUAAACAAGCAUUAGAGUCUAUAAAACAUGAUCACAAUCAGUAUGCUAAAGUAUCAUUAAAAAUUGGAAAUAUUUAUCAAAAAAAUGGUGAAUAUGAUUUAGCUUUAGAUUAUUAUUUAAAAGCUAUUAAUAAAAACAAUAUAACUUCACAAGAUACACUUUCAAAUUUAUUUAUGGCUAUUGGUAUAGUUUAUCAUCAACAAAAAAAUUAUGCAAGUGCUCUUGAUUAUUAUAACCGUACUUUAUCUAUACUUAAAAAAUUAUCAUUAGAUAAUGAAUUAAAUUUAGUUUGGAUAUAUAAUAAUAUUGGUUGUCUUUAUACUGAUAAUGAUGAUUCAAAUCAUGCACUUAAAUAUCAAGAAAAAGCUUACAAUAUACGAAUAAAAUUUUUGCCACCAAAUCAUCCAGAUAUAGCAACAAGUUUAACGAAUUUAGGACGUAUUUAUCAAAAAUUAGCACACUAUUCAAAUGGAUUGUCUAAUGAUCUUGAACGUGCAUUAGAAUAUUAUAAAGCUGCAUUAGAAAUUCGUCAAGAAUCUUUAUCAAACAAUCACCAAGAUAUAGCAAUAUCAUAUUAUAAUCUUGCUUUAAUUUAUUUUGACCAACAAAAUCUUUAUCAUGCACAUAUCAACAUUGAAAAAGCAUUAGAUAUUCAAAGAAAUAUAUUUUCUUCUGAACAUCCUCAACUACAACAAACAUUACAACUUGAAAAAAACAUUAUGAAUAUGCUUGGUUAUCAUAAAAACUAA